CACAUACACACGCUGCCGUAAACCCAGGCUUCACGGCACUUCUACGUCAGUUAGAGUCUGUUUGCGGCAUUUCCGGCGCUGAAGUUAAAACUUUAAUCCGCAGAAGCAGAAAGAGGUUGAGACGCAGCGCGUGAACGUUCAUCCUCCUCAUCCUCCAGGAUGAACCAGAUUCCUGUCAGAGUGAAACGCUGGGUGGAUCCGUCUUUCACAGACAUACCAGAGAAGGGUAUUUCUUUGUCUGGGAGGAAGAGGAGCUUCAGACCUGAGAUGAAGAGGCCCAGGAAGAAGGGAGGCGAGGCCAGCACCCUUCCUCUGUGGACAGAUUCAACUCAACCGGAUCCGGAUGAGCCAUGGGUGGAGAGAUACUCGCCUCGUUCACAAGCUGAACUGGGUGUCCACAGGAAGAAGGUGGAGGAGGUGGAGAACUGGAUCAGAGCUCACACUGACCCAUCAAAGGGUGGCAUCUUGAUACUAACAGGACCGUCAGGCUGCGGAAAGACUGCAACACUCCAGGUUUUGUCUUUGCAGAUGAAUGUCAGAGUUCAGGAAUGGACCAACCCGUCAACCUUGGAGCUGCACAGCAGCAGGCAGCACGAUAUAUGGAGGACAGACGACUGCAGCUCACAGUUAGCCCAGUUCCAGGAAUUUCUCCUCAGAGCUAACAAAUAUAACUGUCUGAAGAUGGCAGGAGAUGGAGGAGCUACAGACGGAAAGCUAAUACUGGUGGAGGACUUCCCAAACCAGUUCUACAGACAGCCCAGCAGUCUGCAUUACAUCCUGAGGCGGUUUGUGACAGCAACUCGAUGUCCUCUGGUGCUCAUUGUGUCAGACUCUUGGAGUGGGGACAGCAACUUGCGCUCUCUUUUCCCCAGAGAGAUCCAGGAGGAGCUAAACAUCAGCUGCAUCAGCUUCAAUCCAGUAGCUCCAACUGCGAUGAUGAAGAUCCUGAGCUGUAUUUCAACCCUGGAGGCAGGAAAGAGCUGUGGAAAGAUGCAAAUUCCUGAUCAGACACAACUUGAAACACUGUGCUCAGGAAGUUCAGGGGAUAUUCGGAAUGCUAUCAACAGUCUCCAGUUUCUCUGUGGUGCAGACACGUCAAUAGAAAAGGACUUGCUGUGGAUGAAGGAUAAACCUAGAAUCUCUCUGGGAAGAAGUGUCUCGAGAACAAAGCAGAGGAUGAAGAAGGCAAAGCAGACAAAAGAGGACAAAGAUCAGCAGGUUGUUGGAGGGAAAGAUGCUUCCUUAUUCCUGUUUAGAGCGCUGGGAAAGCUCCUGCACUGCAAACGAGAGAGUCCUGGAGGUUCUCCUAGACCGGGUUUACCAAGUCACCUGAUGCACCAUCACAGAGAAGCAUUGACCAUCGACCCUGAGAUGGUGGUUGAGCAUUCUCACAUGUCAGGAGAGAUUUUUAACCUGUACCUCCACCAGAACUUCCUGGACUUCUUCUCUGAAAUGGAAGAUGUGGACAGAGCCAGCGAGUAUCUGUCGGAUGCUGACCUCCUCACUGCUGAUUGGACGAGUCGCAGCAUCAUGAGAGAGUAUGGAUCAUCAGUGGCCACCAGGGGGCUCCUUCACUCAAACUCACACCAGGUUUCUGUGGGCUUCAGACCACUCCACAAACCCAGCUGGCUACUGGUUAGCAGAAAGGUCAGAGAGAACUGCUCGGCUGCUCAGGUUCUGUUCAGGAGGUUGUGUUUGACAGCAGUCGGUCUGCAGACCCAGAUGCUGCCAUACCUGAACAAAGUCAGCCACACUGACCACAACCAAGCUCAGAUCAGUUUCAUCCAGGAAGUGGGUCAGAUGUCCCUGAGGAGAUACCCUGACAGGAUGAAACUGGAAACUCUGACAGACAAAGACACAGGCCAGCUGGAGGAGGAAAAGGAGGAAGGAGGGCCAGGCAGGACCGCGGAUGGUCGAUUGCACUGUCUGCUUCAACCUCUUACAAACCAAGUUGUCUUCAAGGAUGAUGAUCUGAUUAUUGAAGAAUAUACGAGUGAUUGAUCCUAACAGCCUUCGCGAAACUGUGACCAUUUUUUUAAUUAUUGUUUGUGACAGGAAGAGAUUUGAAAUGAGGGGAAUAAAUUAUUUCUUGAGAUGUGAAAUGUUGGAUUUAUGUCAAAAAAUAAACUCUUUACUCUUAA